AUGGAAAGCAACACUGAGACCCAGUUUCCAAAGACUUUGGAACCCAGCAUUGCCCUGCCCCUGGACUCACAGGAGACAGAGAAACUCCUCACCAAGACUGAGGACAAAGAUGACAAGGCUGUGAAGGCAUCCAAGUCCUUCUCAGGGGCCAUGGAAAUGGAGCCGAAUGGUCACAGUCUACCAUACAAAUCAGUGUCUGAGGGGCACCUGGAGGCCACCCCUCACUCUCCUUCCAGGGUCAGCUCACGGAGGGCGUCCUCCAUUGCUACCACCUCCAAUGCCCAAGACCAGGAGAUGCCAAAGGAUUACCUCAUCUUGGCCAUCCUCACUUGUUUUUGCCCUGUAUGGCCCCUGAAUAUAGUGCCACUGAUCUUUUCUAUCAUGUCAAGAGGCAGCGUACAGCAGGGAGACCUGGAUGGGGCCAGGAGGCUGGGCCGCCUGGCAAGGAUGCUCAGCAUCGUCUGCAUUGUGCUGGGAAUCCUCAUCAUCGUCAUCUAUGUGUCUGUCAACUUCACAGACGCCUUAGCUCCAGAACAGCAGAGAGGAAAGAGGGAGGUGGUUCAGCUGACCCCUUCAGAAGACAGUGGCAAGUGA